GUGUGUGUGAGUCUCUGUGUGUGUGAGUCUCUGUGUGUGUGUGAGUCUCUGUGUGUGUGUGUGAGUGAGUCUUUGUGUGUGAGUGUGUGUGAGUCUCUCUGUGUGUGUGAGUCUCUGUGUGUGUGUGAGUCUCUGUGUGUGUGUGUGAGUGAGUCUUUGUGUGUGAGUGUCUCUGUGUGUGUGAGUGUCUCUGUGUGUGUGAGUCUCUGUGUGUGUGUGAGUCUCUGUGUGUGUGUGUGAGUGAGUCUUUGUGUGUGAGUGUGUGUGAGUGUCUCUGUGUGUGUGAGUGUCUCUGUGUGUGUGAGUCUGUGUGUGUGUGAGUCUCUGUGUGUGUGAGUGAGUGAGUCUUUGUGUGUGAGUGUGUGUGAGUGUCUCUGUGUGUGUGAGUGUCUCUGUGUGUGUGAGUGAGUCUGUGGUUGCGUCUCGUGAUCAGUAGCGGCGCUGGACACAGCGAAUCGCACGGCUGGCCACGUACAGUGCGAAAGAAGUUCAACAUAGAGAGCCAGGCCGGGGAGCGGGGUCCCAGGACCAGGACCGGCGCGAGCUUGCCCGGGGGUGUUCGGGGUCUCGAGGGUACGGGUUGGGUCUCGAGGGUACGGGUUGGGGUUCGCGGUCUCUAGGGUUGGGGUUGGUGGUUGGGGUUGGAGCCGGUGCUGGGCUGUGGCUUCGGGGCUGCGCCCGCUCCUGGAGCGGAGCGAAUGGAGGCCGUGAAGCUGAAAGAUCGGAUCCUGGAGAACAUCUCCUGGUCCAUCAAGAAGCUUCAAGGCAGCUUUGUUCCCUGCCAGCGCGAGGAGGAGGAUGUAUCCGUGGACAGCCAGCCGACCGUGCGCAACCACGACCGGCUGCUACAUCGCGUGUGCGAGCACCUGGACCACGCGCUGCUGCACGGGUUGCAGCACAUCCCUGCCGGCUACUGGCCGCUGGUCAUGCACUUCACGCGCUCCGAUGCGGUGGCGACGAUCUCUGCCCUGCAUCAUGUGACCACGAGCUUGGGCCGGAGCCGCGCGUGGCUGUACCUGGCGCUGAACGAGAGCAGCCUGGAGAGCUACCUGCGUCUCUUUAGUGAGAACCCGGUGCUGUUGCGUUCCCACUACAGCGGAAGCGCGUUGGUGUGCAGCUCGGACCACCUCAACCUCUUCCUCACGCUCGUCUCCGGCCUCGAGUUCAUUCACUUCGAGCUGGAGCUGGAUGCGCCUUACCUGGACCUGGCAGCGUAUAUGCCCGAUCCGUACCGCCCCGUGCUGCCCGAUGACCUGCACGGCCACUCCCCGUCAUGCCGGGGCUCGUGCCGUGGCUCGUGCCAGGGCGGCUGCUCCGACAGCGCCUCCCUCGAGUCCGGGAACUCGGCGAACCUGGAGUGGGAUGACUCGGCCAUCGCUCCGUCUAGCGAAGGUGCCGAUUUUGACUUCCAAGACGUUUUCGAGCCUUGCAUGUGUGUCACGGACGCCACAGCAGACACCGACAGCCUCGCCGAGCCCCUGCACAGCCCCGACGCUGCGGGCAUUAUGGGCACCAUGGGCACCGCAGGCACCACUGCCGCCAAGCGGGAGAGAGAGGGCGGCGUUACCGCGGCCCCCCGGGGGUCGUGGCACCGGCAGAACCCCUUCUCGUCACCCAACCUCGGCUCGCGCGGUGACCCCACGGACGAGGUCGGCGGCAGAGCCAUUCCGGCGAGUUCCGGCGACGCCGACCACGACCACUCCCCGCUGGAAGUCAUCCGCCUGACCACCAGAAGGCGCAAGCGCCACGGCAACGGGAGGUCCCGUGGCGCGGACGGGCAGCGGCACGGCAGCGGUGGCAGCAACGCUUCGCUGCCGUCGGAGGCGGUGCUGCAGCCGGACAUUGUCCUGCAGUGGGACGCGGUGAAGCGGCCAAGCAGCACGCUGCAGCCCGACGUGAUACUGCAACCGAGCGCGCUGCGGCAGGCGGGCAAGGUGGGCGAGUUGGGCGGAGCCCAGGAGCCGGGUGACGAGUUGCAGCCAGACGCAGCACAGCACGUGGACACGGAGCCGCGGCAAGUCGGCCUGGCAUCGGGCAGCGAACAGCGAGGCAUUAACCUGCCCGGUUUGGAAAUGUCACGAGCGAAGGGUCAGAUGCAGUCAAGAAACCUGCGUCUGAACAUCGCCAAUCCCCUGAAUGACGACGAGGGGGCGGAGCAUGUUGGGUGUGCGGGUAAUGGCGACGCGGAGGAGGAGGGGGAGGAGGGGGAUGGAGAGCAGCAUCAGAGCGUGCACGCGCUUCUCAGCUCGCACCUCUCCAGUGCGCAGAGGUACACGCUGGCCCACACAGACGAGGAGCAAUGGACGCUGGGCGACGAUGCCAUGGAUUCGGACGGAGUACGACCCUCAGAAGAUGGACAUUUGGACAAACUGCACAACCACACCGAGCACAAUAGACCCUCCGGUGUGGCAAGCUUAGUUGACUGUUACGGUGAGCUGGGCUGUGGGGUGGACGAUGGUAGCGCAGGAGACUGCCGUUGUCAGAAUGGAAACUGUGCGCACGAUUGCGGUGGCUCUAUUCAUCGAGACAAUGUGGAGGCUGAGAAUGGAACAGCUUUGACAGAAGACAGAGAUGCGGAUGGCGAAGACACUGAGACGGACGACGCCGCGAUGGGGAGGCCGCUACAGCACCGCGCCGAGAUCAGCGUGGACAACAAUCUGCUGCUCCUGCUCAUGCUGCACGUGUUCCGGGAAGACGAAGAGCAGCUGUACAAGAUGCUGAAGCUGACAACGGGGCACGCGGAGGGUGCGGUACGGUCCUUAUUCGUGGUGCUCACCGACUGCCAUGUCUACCUCGUGCGCAAGGGGACGGCGGAGAAGCCGUUUGCGGUAGAGAGAGCCACCCCCUACCACCAGCUGGCGGCGGUGCGCGUGGGCGUGCACGGGCAGGCGGUGCGGCUGGACGACGCCUCCCAGCGCCAGCACACUUGGAUCGACACCGCCGAGCACGGCCUCACUGAGUUCCUGCUGCUGUCUCUGACGGCGGCGCUGGUGCGCGGCUGCCGGGAGCCACCGUACCCACGCACCCACACGGAGACGUCCGAGACGCACCCGACCCUCAUGGCCUUCGUCGCGCGCGAGACACCGUGCCCGCUGGCCGAAGUGCAUGUCGCGUGCUACAGCUACGUGCACUGGGAGGAGGUGCACCAGCAGUGCGCGCCCGGCUCCGGUUGUGCCGCGGCAGGCUGCCUGCAGGCCCCACGCUGCCCCCAGGGGCCGGGCUGUGUCCCCUACAAGGAGGAGCUGCUCGUGUACCGCACGACGGGGCGCCUUGGUGGCCACACGUGGAAGCCGUGCUACCUGGUGCUCAGCAGUGGCAUCUUGUACCAGUACGAAGACAGCACGGGCGUGACACCAAUCAUGUCUCUCAGCAUGAGCGGAGGUGGGUGUGGCGGUUGCCUGCGCGUGCGCGAUGCCGAGCAGCCACACAGCUUCCAGGUGCUGCUCACGGGGCGACCGCCCCUGCGCCUGGCCGCACGCUCCGAGCCCAGCGUCUCCCAUUGGCUGCAGGCCAUCUGCCAGGCUGUGUCGCACGGGGUGUGCGUGCGUGUGCCCGCUGUGCCUGGCGUGCUGCUGCUCACGCGGAACGACCUCUUCCUGUGCCAUGAGGACGUGGAGACGCGGUUCAUCCGCUCCCUGGGCAGGCUCCCACUGCCGUGCAUCGUGCUCGCACGGACACACGACAUGCGCCACGCGUGCUCACUGGUGAGGGAAGGCGCAGACUCGCAGUGCGUCCUCGGCUGGGACCUCAGCUUCAGUUGCGACUCGGAGCUGCGCAGGUUCCUCUCCGGCCUGGCUCUCGCCUGGGAAUCGAUUUUCCAGGCAAGUUUGCGCGCGCGGCCAGAGUGGAAAUCGCAACGAUCGUUUUUUUGCUUGCAAGCGCUUCGCGUGCCUUUGCUUCCCAGGCCUGGGUGCCGUCGGCACGCACAAUGAUGGCUGUCCCUGUGAGUCUCUUAACGGCUGUGAACGUAAUGUGGUGGGGGCAUGUGUGCGGAUUCUAUUCAACUGUGUGUUAUAAUCUCGAUAAACUCUAAAACAACGGACAAGCCUUUGGCAUAUGGCACCCGUGGUGGCGGUUGCUUGGAGGAUUGAUUCGAUGCUGGGAAGCGACGACUUACUCAACUUGUAUCUAACAUUGAGAUCCGAAUGAGCCGAAGAAUUCCUGUCCUGCCUCCUUUUGGGAUCCCAAUGACGGGCAAAUCAAGGGAAAGUCUCCCUCCAGGGGAUCAUGGGAGCAGCCAGUGAGUGUAGCUGUGUGAGGAUAGCAGCGGGUUGCUUAUUGUGUCAACACAGCAGCGACAGAUACGUGGCUACCAGUCGUGUCCAUGCACAGUGUUGUAUUCAGAGUCCGAGUGAGUUCCUGAAGAAAUUAGAAUGUAUGCAUUGGUGCUCCUCUCCUGUUGACGGCGCUGCAGCAUAUUCAUAGGACAACCACAGUUGACUUCCCCUAAAACAAGAUCCCUCAUAAUGGGCGGUGGUGGUGGUGGCUAUGCUGCCUGGAAUCCAGCGUUGUGGAGGCAGCAGCGAGGGUUCUGGAUCACACCGAGAUGGGUGGGCAUCGAGGAGGAGCCGUACCCUGGCUCACCAGGGAAUGGCAGUACAGGAAAGUGUGGAUUCCACUUGUUCCAUCUGUACGCGAUAUAAAGUUUUGCCCUCUCACACGUAUGGGUUUUCCCCGUGUUUCCUCCCACCUGUAUAAACAUUAAUAAUGAUUUGUUACUAAUACUAAAACAAGAUCCCUCAUGCUCUGAUAGUGCGUUGUCUUUGAACUGUGCGCCUUUUGGCGUCAUCUGGUCGAACACCAUAUGAGACUAGGCUCUAAGGAAAGCUGUCUCUGGUGUGGACCAAUGAGUUUCAAGGACAAUGCAUAAAUUAUGAGAGUGUUGUUUUUGUUUGCAUUUUGACUGCAAGUAUUGUGGUUAAUGUAAGCAUGAUUCCUUGAAAAAGGUGUCAGUUUUGUUGCCAGAAAAAAGGGGAAAAACCCUAUUAGUAUAUUUUGGUACUGGCAAAGGAGGCCUCAUGAUGAAAUUAAUGAUUUGGCCAAUACCAUCUUUUAAUACAUGGAGGAGCACAGAGCUUGGGCAAUUGUUGGUCAUGCCAAAUCCUUAGGGUGUGGCUGCUGCUGCCUUCCCACUCAUUUGUGAUUCCUUCUCCUGGCGCCUCCAAAUGAUCGUCUGUCUCUCUACGAGAGCGAGGAGCGAAUACAUGUGGCGGCAAUGCGGCGUUUCCAGUUGACAUUUUAUUUAUCAUUAACUCGGAUUUGAACUCGCAGACCAUUCGAACGUGCACCACUCGCUCUAUCGCCGAGCCACUCGACUGACUGGACUGAGUAAUUGUUUAGUUCGUGCAUCCAAGGGUGGCACUGGGGAGCGGUGUGGGCCCCCUGGUGCACGCAUUAUUAACUCGGCCCUCAUUAUUCACGAUCUAUCGUUAAAUUCUGAGUUGGGACACCUCCAUGAUGUGGCCCCAGUUAUGUCGUGCAAAGCCGUCUGUUGCCCAAUCUACGUGGUGCACAAGGGGUAACAGCAACUGGCCGAUUGUUAUUGUGUCGCCUCUCGCCGGUGAGUCUAAUAUCUACGCGUAAUGCAUACUAUUUGGUUGUUUUUAUAACCCAAAAUAUGAGCACAUCUCAAGACACCGUAAACCAUGCGAUAGAUGUCUCGGUGGCCCUCUAGGAUGGUGGCAGGGUGGCGGUGCAGUGGUGACACACCAAAAAUCACCUGGGUUCGAUGCCUGACUUGGGUGCCUUUCUGUGUGUGGAGAUUGUAUUCUCUCCCUCUUGUUCUGCAUGGGUUUCCUCCGCGUUCUCCAGUUUCCUUCCAUAGCUAAAAAAAAAAAACACAGGCAAUGUUGUAACCGGUAUUGGCCGAAAACACAUUCCAAUCCUGAAAAAUUACCUGCAGAUCAUCACCUAGUUGGGAUCACACGGCAGCAGCAGCAACAUUGCCCCCGACUGAGAACACCUGGCAGGACUCGGCAGCGAGGCCUUCCUGGAUUAACCAGGGGAGGAACGACAUUGAUAACAAUAACAACGGGCCCCAGAUAUGCAAGCUGAACAGGGUACGGCCGCUCUGCAUCUCUGUGUCUUUGUGCAGGUGCAGCUGCCUGCAAGAAGUGCAGAGGGACGGGAGCUAGAGCCGCUCCGAGUGGGAGCGACAUAACAAUACAUGCUGACACGCACACAUACAUAUAUACACACAGUGUAACACUCGUGGACUCCCUGUGUCUAUACAUGCAUAUGCACCAGUACGUUACUGCGCACACUAAAAUGCACAUUUAUGGUAAAGUGCGUGGAAUAUGCAUGGAUGCCCACAAACAUGCAUACGCACGCAUGUGGCGAGGUACGAAUGCGAGUUUACACACACCGCGUGGUGGUAUUUAACAAGUGUGUUCUUGUUUUUUUCAUGUUUCUGCAAAGCCAACUCGAACAAGGUAUACGUUUUUGUUUAAUGAAAUAAAGUUCAAAGACUGAAAAAGCAAAACCGUGUGCAGUACGUUCAUGUGAGAAAUGAACGUAUGAAAAAGCGAAACCACCGAUGCCUUCUAUACCAACAAAACACAAAUGCAGAUCAUUCUCACUCCAUAUAUCUCAACUAGGCCACGUGUAAUGGUCUGGCCAAAUUUAUUUAAUAAGGACCCUCCACCACCCAACACGGCCAUACGAAUUGAGGAACAAUCCUCGCAAACUCACAUCGAUGAUUGAAUUCAUGACGUUUCGCUUGGGACUGCGCCGAGCAUCAUCCUGGGUGUAGGAAUGUAAAUAUUGUCUCCGAAGACGUAUGACGUGUUAAACCGAUUCACUCGUGAAUCCACAAACACUGCCCCCACAGACCAUCACUUGCUCAAACACAAAAGGGCCACUGACUGUCACUGGACCCGCACACAAACACGGCACCCGCCGUU